GUGAUUCGGCGGCGGCUCCUGAGCAGACCGGUCUUCUCUCGCUCGUGCACCUCGCUCCGCUUCCUCUGCAACUAUGUCUGACAAACCCGAUAUGGCUGAGAUUGAGAAAUUCGAUAAGUCGAAAUUGAAGAAGACAGAAACACAAGAGAAAAAUCCACUGCCUUCAAAAGAAACGAUUGAACAGGAGAAGCAAGCGGGCGAAUCAUAAUGAGGCGGGCGCCGCUGAUACGCACUAUACAUUCCACAAGCAUUGCCUUCUUAUGUCUUUUUAGCUGUUUAACUUUUAAGAUGCAAAGAGGUUGGAUCAAGUUUAAAUGACUGUGGUCCCCUCGUUCUUAUCAAAGAAUCUGAACUACUGACUGGGAAGCCAAACCUCCUAUACAUCGGCGGGGGAAGGAAAAUAACUUGUAUGCGGGCGAAGGAAGAAGCUGGGUGGACACAACUAGUAAAAACUAAGCUGGUCCAAGGUGUCUUGCCGGGCGGUAAACUGCAGUUUAGUCAGAGUGCCAUUUUUUUCUUUGAAUGAUUUUAAGUAUUGGAAUGCAUAAUUUUUUAAUACGCAAAUAAAAAGUUUAAAAUGUGAAAAAAAA